AUGACCGAGAUGCAAUCGUUUUAUACUCCGUCCACGUCCAACCGCAUUUCUCCACCUGCCCCGGCAGCGAUGAACGAGCUCAUGAAUAGAUAUUCCUCGGCGAGAAGCAGUGCCACAUUCAAGGGGGGCUGCACACGCAAAUAUCGCAACCUCGUCCAGCAAGGUAUAGAUCGCGUACGGCUCGAAUACUACCGAUACGAAGUCACAUUUGGGCUAUACGUCAUGACGCCGGGCGAGAAAUUUGUGGCUAACACGUUCGUCCUCGUCGUGCUCUUUCUGCUGGCUUGGGCGCUUUUUUACUUCCCGUCACUACUCUACGCCAAACUCUUCCGCCUCCUGUGGCUCCUGACCGGCCAGAGCGGCGAGCAAAUGGGUGCAACUCUGGGCAUCCUGGGUGAGCAUGGGAACUCAUUCUGUCCUGCGUGA